AGAAGCCACAUGUCAAACCUGAGAGCAAGUAUCGUCUUGUUAUUAUUAGAUUGAGCUAUAGUACUUUUUGUAUAUAGCAAGUGUGGUGUGAUUGUGACUGUGUCGACGUCAGUGGGGUGCGACGAGACAGGACGAUAAGGAAGUGGGCUAGAGAGGUUGAGGAGGGCGAAGGGAAAUAAAUAUCACCCACGUUAAAAAGUACAGUUGGACUAACGUCAAUGUUAUUCAAUUGCAUGAAAGCAAGAUCAUAACGUGGUGUUUUUUUAUGACGGUAGUAUAACCACGGAGUCACAAAAAAAAAAAAUGAAGACAACGAGGAAGCGUUCAGUGUUCCAACUCAUCCAAUUUACCAGAUGCGUGGCGGCGAUUCAAGCAACACGCCGAACUCAUUUUCACGGGACCGCUUCAAAACAGAGCUUAAGAGGAAAAGUGCGGUUUCCUCCUGCUGUGGAUCGGUGAUAAAGGACGGGAUGUCAACAAUACCUGGACACUGACCGGAGACGAAGAUAAGUUGCUAAAAAUUUAUUACAAAAAAUUCUUUGAUGACCUCACUCCAAAAGCAAACCCCGUAUUUGCUAGAUUUAAGUUUCACGAGAAGGCGAAAGGUAACUGUGAGUCAUGUGUCAUUCUGUCUUUGUGACAGAACUCAAGCUGUUGGUUAAGGACUGUAACUACACAAACAGCGACGAGAUGGUCAGAGACCGCAUACUUUUUGCGAACAACUCACCGAGUGUGUGCAAAAAGUUACACAGCCACGCUCACGCUCGAAAAAAAGUGAUCGGCAUAGCUCAUUCCCACGAGUUAGCAAAAGUGCAGCUAAAGGCUAUGGCUAACGACAGCCGCAAAGUUCACGUUAUCCACAACAAACAUGGAAAGCAAAGUUUCACCGCGGGUGCUAGUAGGCAUAUUGAUAGCCCAAAGACCCCCGUAAAGAUAUGUAAGAAGUGUGGAGGAUAUCAGAGUAAAUUAGCUGAAUGCCCAGCAAAAGCUAAACAAUACCUGAAGUGUCAGACCCCUUUUUCUGUCCGUUCUGACAACCACAAGCCACACAAUGAAGUACCAUGAUGAAAAGGCCGUAAGACGCUUAUAAGCAAGCUAACAUUCACAAAAAGAUCACUAAAAAGCAUGAGUUGUAUUGUAGUUCUACCGUCCAGUAGGCGUCGUAAGCAAAAGUCAUGUGACUCAUGACGUCACGUGAAAAGUAUCUAUUGGCCAUAACGUGCAGAGGUUAACUCCACCCUGUGGUGUCCUCCCCAAUGCCAACCGUGGCGACACCCCCCGACAUAGAGGAGAAUUGCAGCACGUUUUCAAAACAGUAAAUAUAAAGUUAAGUUCUUCACAUUCCAUAUAAAUAUGUUACUACUGUAUGUUUUUUAAGUAUGACACGAAAGAGUGCUAUUUUCCUCGUGAAAAAAACACUACAAUCAUUUAUGCUGUUUUUUUUCAACAGAUUAAUGACAUUUCAAUUCAUUUCAAUGGGGAAAGACGACUUGAGUUGAAUUAAGGUCUUAUUUCAAGGUACGACUGUGCCUUCUGAUGGAGUAGUUUAUCAGGUAAACAGGAAUGACGCCAGUUUGUUAGCCGACUACAAAGUAUGUCCUGCAAAAUGGAUGACAAAGUCCUACUCUAACCCUCCCUGUGUUCAGACCAAGAAACCGCAUACCUGGAAUCCCUUGUGGUACAGGCUGUAUUUUCAAGUGAAACGUUUUGCAAGAGAGAUAGAAAAACCUGCAGAUGAAUGUUAAAAAUGUCAGUAAUGACAAGCAGUUAGUGUCAUAUUUGAGUGAAACCGUUUUUUUAAAAAAAGUCGAGUGUUUUGGAACAAUUUGGACAAAAGCAAAUAGCCUGCAUCACAGUUAGGGUAUGGCAUGAUCAAAUAUCUGCACAGUAAUUGUUUUUCAAAUGUCUCGUUAUGCUGAAAGUGAAAACCUGUCUGCUUUCAAGCAGGACUACAGACAUCACAGAAUGUUCUUCAAUGAAAGGCUGAAAUCAGAAGAUUUGGACAAUUUCAAGUAAAACAAUGGUGGGGAAUUAUAAAUGGAUGAUCAAAACAGUUUUAGGACAAAUUUGUUUUUUAUUAAUUGAUUAAAUGUUGCGCCUCUAAAUGGCUGCCCUCACUUUAGCAGAUAAAAAGAUACAUAAUGGAUUUUUAUCCACAUUUAGGAGAGCCCUGAUUCUGGUCUAAAGAUCAAUAAUUCCGUAUUUUUUUUCCUACUCUUGCUGCUGUGACGCAUAACCGAAUAGUGCCACUUGAGAGCAGAAAAAAAUGUAGAUUGUGUCCAUGCAGUGUAAAUCCGGCUUUAGUUACAUGCAGGGAUCAAUAAAAGACCUCUAAGGUAGGGCGUUACAUAAAUGUAGAUUUAUGGUACCCUUGAACUUCUGGCUCUUGGAAAAGUACAUAUAAGUCCAAUAAUUAACUGCACGAGAUACAUUAAUGUAAGCUACUGUGGCUCGUCACUGCAUUGGUAUCUUAUAGGUUCUACUUUUCUACAUUUAACAUGUGACUUCUGCAACGAUGGGGAACUUACAGUACCUGCACAUUUUGGACUCUCUGAAGUGCAACGACCAUUUGUAUGGAACUCAAAAUUACAGUGAAUAUUUGUAUGAAAAACAGAUCCAUCCAUCCAUUUUCUGAGCCGCUUAUCCUCACGAGGGUCGUGGGAAUACUGGAGCCUAUCACAGCUGAAUUCGGGCGAGAGGCGGGGUGCAUCCUGAGCAGGUUGCCAGCCAAUCGCAAGGCACAUAGGAACAAAUAACCAUCCCCACAGACAUCCACAGCAAUUUAGAGUCUUCAAUUAACCCAUCAUGCACGUUUUUGGGAUGUGGGAGGAAACCGGAGUGCCACGCAGCCACGGGGAGAACAUGCAAACUCCACACAGGCAAGGCCGGGAUUGAACCCCAGUCCUCAGAACUGUGAGGCCAAUGCUUUAGAACUCCGUCACUGUGCCGCUCAUUAAUUGUACUUGGAUUGAAAAUCAGAGUGUCAGAUAGUAUCUCUUUUUUUCCAUUGAUACAUUUACAAAUUGAAAUACUGAGGAAUAAAAUAAUGCACAAAUGCGGUACGGAAUUGCUCUCUUUGUUGUUGUCAUUUUUCUGUUUUUCGUAAUCAACUUCCAUGCAUAGGUGAGACACCGGAGGCGCCCGAGGCUUUUUUUUAAUACCACAUCCUGACAUCCAGCUGAGGUCCCGCACCGCUGCUGUUGUCAGGCAGAUGCUCGCAGUUAUUGAUGAUGAUAACGCCGUCGCCGCCACUAGAUGCCGGAAAGACGGCGGGGCCAUUAUCAUGAUUUAAUCGUCGCCUCAGUGCUGCCGAGGAGCCCACGCUCACUCUGUGUGUCAGGUCCACCCAUCAUCCUGUCACGGGAAAUAGCUGCCGGUCCAAUGUUGGGAUAAUUUAGGGUUAUGUUUGGGCGGAAGAGUCCGGAGAGGAUAAAAGACUGUUAAUGCACAUGCAGAAUGGACUCAUCUGAAUCCCCGUGAGAUAUUUUAUACAGUGUAGUAUAACCCCUCCCACAUGCUUUAAACAAAUUUAAAUAGAUUGAAACACACCAACGUAUUAAAAUCCACUUUUAAACCGCAUCAACACAUUUUCUUCACCGCUUAUCCUCACGAGGGUCACGUGGAGUGCUGGAGCCUAUCCCAGCUGUCAUUGAGCACGAGGUGGGGUACACCCUGAACUGGUUGCCAGCCAAUUGCAGGGCACAUCGAGACAAACAGCCACACUCACAAUCACACCUAGGGGCAAUUUAGAGUGUCCAAUUAAUGUUGCAUGUUUUUGGAAUGUGGGAGGAAACCGGAGUGCUCGGAGUAAACCCACGCAGGCACGGGGAGAACAUGCAAACUCCACACAGGCGGGUCCAGGAUUGAACCCGGGACCUCAGAACUGUGAGGCCCACGCUUUACCAGCUGACCCACUAUGCCGCCCCUUUUAAACUGCAUUGUAAAAAUAUUGCAACACCCCCCAAAAAAAAUUCCAAACUGUAUAGUAGAUACUGUACCUAUGGUAGUGUCUGUGUAUAUGUGGAUACCUUUAAGAGGCGGGGCUUGGUUGAUUAGUCUGUGACAUCAGUGAGUCUGCGUGUUCAGUGUCUGGGUGUGAUCUGUGGCACUGUUAUUCAUAUUUUUUCUGUCAAACCAAUCAGCUUGUCACUAAAAAACUUACCUGUUCACUGCCCUAGGAAUAUUUUUGUUUUUUUCUGAAGUGCCUUAUGAAGAGCCUGAGCUAAUGGAAUAGUAGUAAUUGGUCCCAAGGAAGUAUGUUUAAGUGAUAUAUCUCAUUUGUUGUAACAUAUUCAAAUGUUGGAAGGACUUACAUUUAGCUUGAGUUGUUAGCAAAGGUGCGUAGUUGGUCUGCUGAGUGGCUAUGAAAAACUCGAUUUAACAUUUGACAGGUCUCAUUUUUGCAUGACAAUUGCUAUUUUUACGGGCUGCAAAACAUCUGCGCUGCCAUUACAUUUUUAUUUAAAUCAAAUCUGCAAGGUAUUUUGUAAUAUCGGUUUGAAAUGGUUCCUUGUUAUUAUGUGGUAGGAACAUGCAUUUACUUAAUUUUUUUGUUAUUCAGGUCUCUGUCCCUAUUUCCUGUGAAUACUGUACCUCCAUUAUGCAAUAUAUGAGAAGGUCAUUGAUCAAGCUCUUUCACAGCGUACUUUAUUCUAAUUUCAUUGCAGGGUUUGGCGGUGGAAAUACUUUCCAAAGGUCUUACGUAAUGUCUCUUACUGGAACUAAUGUUGAUUUGAGCUUCCCUGUCUGAUUCGAGCAAAUGGUUUUUGUGUGUGUGUGUGUGUGUGUGUGGAAGGGGGGGGUGAAUAUCUAAAUGAAAACAUUAUCUCGAAUCCUCGUGAGGCACUUGAGUGGAUGUCAUCAGAGGCGCGAGAAUGCUUCGCAAGGUGUGUUUUUUAUUGUGAAAUGAAUGCCUCCCUUGAUGCGAGCGCGAACGUUUUGAAGGACGGUCGAAGGCUGCAUCCAUUUGCCGUGCCGGGGUCCUAAUUUGGGCUGAACCAAGAGUGAGUUUGUUUUGUGCGGGGAGAAUGUUGUUUUAGGGCGUUACUAGCUGAAAUGUCACAUUAGACAUCCAUUUACAAUGGGGUCAAUGAAAAGCUUACUUCACUCAGAGGAAGCAAUGGGAGGAGAAGGAAUUUGUGCUCCUUUCCAAAAAUAAGUUUCCCCCCUUUUCCCGACGCGGUGUUACCGUGACUGAAGGGGAAAGGGAGGGGGAAUUGUUGACUACUGUAAAUGGAGGGAUUAAGGUGAAAAGGAGGAAAAUAAUGAACGGCAGGAGGAAAUAUAGUUUUCAUGAAGAGGAAUAUAAUGUUUGAGUUGACCAUUAAGCUAUGUGGUCUACUUAGAGAGAGUGAGAGAGAGAAAGAGAGACAGAGAGAGAGAGAGAGAGAGAGAGAGAGAGGAGGGGGCUAAUAGAGAAUGCAUGCGAAAGCUUACUGCCAAAAUUGAGACGGGGAGUUUUUCGGGGAGAAAAGAAAGUACAGCCCAGCGCCGGGAAGGGAAGAAGGAGUAGCUGAGAACAGAACGCACAAAGAUGGCGGCGAGAGGGGGAGUGGAGUGUGGAUCUAGGGGUUGAAUCUGCAAGGUAUCUGAUAUCGAGGGGUUUAAAAGUGAAAGUUUUUCUCUGUCGUAAGUUUUCUGUAGAUUUUUUUUUUGUAUUUUUUUAAUUUAAAUAAAGUGACACGUUCUUGCUUCCAGUCAGUUGAGUGCAGGCAUUCUGGGAAUUGGGCUGUGUUGAUUAGACCCCCGGGUCUUCUCUGUGAUGAGAUCAUCUCUGUAGGACUCACACUGUAUCGCCUCUCUACAGCUGCCUGCUUAGAAGGGGACUUUCCUCCCCGUUCCUGUGCCGCUGCUGCUGCUGCUCAGCAUCUGUGCUCACUGAAGUGACUAAUCACUGGAUUCUAUCUUCCUCUCUUGCUCUCUUAGGCAUUUUGUCAGCUCAAGCCCAAAGGACAAGAUCCGUCUUUGCUGGAUGAACAAGCUCAACGGAGAGGUUUUUUUUUUCAAACCAUCACCUCCAACUCUUUCACUAGUAUAUUGGGAAUUAUUCAGCUAUCUUCUCUUCCCCCCUGACUUCUCUGAUGGAACAGAGAAUGAAGGGGGGCACCCCUCUAAUGACAGACUCCACUCUGGAUGCCACCAAAGCUCCUGAGGAUUUCGAGCAGGACCAAGAGAAAAGAAAGCAUGUCGAGACAGCUGAUUCGGAUGUGGGGAAGAAGGAAGACAGACGAGCAACAGCUUCAGAUAUGUAGCAGAGAGACCAGCUGCCCUGACGGGAACGUGCGACUCCGGAUCGGUGUGCAAACCAAGCGCACCAAGAAGCCGCCCAAGAUUUUGGAAAGCUACGUUUGCAAACCCACCAUCAGAACCUAUCACAGGCAUCAGGGCCGAGGCGGGGGGUUGCCCUCCAGAACUGCCACCGACACUGACGACGCGAGCAGAGAGAACCGCUCAGGCUCGGAUGGCGUCCAAACCACGUGCAAACAAGCGGCGUUUGGCACUUUGGCAUCAUUAUCAACACCAUCAUCAUCAUCGUCAACGGCGCAAUCUUUAACACCAGCAAAUGCUAUCGUUUCCACAAUAGCUUCAGCCAUUGCCAACCCAGGGACCAAGUCUGCCAAACAGGUUCCCCUCAAACUGGAUGACAAGACAGAGGUGACAUCCGCUGGUUCAUCAGAGAGAGGGAAUAAAGAGAAGACUCUAGGCGUCCAUGAGCAGCCGCUCCCAGCAGUUUUGAAACCGUGCUCGCCCACCGCCCAUCGGGAAGCAUCAGCCGCCACCUCCAGGCUGUGCACCGAAACGCUGCCUGAAAGGGAGAUCAACAAGAAACACAAUGGUGUGGUGCAGACCAAGAAACAGAAGGUACUUUCGAACGGUAAAUGCUCUGACGACAAACUUGGAGAUACUCAAUCAAUCAAAACUCCAAAACAUAGCAGCUCUAUUCCUUCUGUGGAUGCCAAACCUCCAAGUUCUUCUAAAACAGAGCUUUGCUUGGCGCAAAUGAGUAACUCUUCCACUGGUACCGCUAAAUCAAAAUCCUCCCCUAAUCUGGAUAUGUCUCCUGGCCAGUCAGAAGUUCAGGAAGCUUCAUUGAAGCGCUCAAAUGACAAAAAGAGAGAUAAAGAAAGGAAGGCCAAGAAAGAGAAACGAAAACAGAGAAAGGCAAAGGGAGACGGACUGAAAACAGAUAGUGUAAAGAGUGAUAAGAGAAAAGAAGAAUUCACAAAGAAGAAAAAAGACAAAGGAAAGGAUAGCAAAUUACGACAGGGUAAAGACCAUAAAAGUCGUGAUGAACUGAAGGCUGGAGAAAAGACUGCGAAAAACAAGCUCAACACAGAGAAACAUGCAAAAGAGGACACUAACUUGGGGGGCAUGAAUAAAUUAGACAAACCAUGUAAAGUAGACCAAGAGAGAUCGGUUGAGGGGAGCCUGAGAGAUCAUAUCAAACAAACUGAGCUGCAUGCAGCGACUGCUGAAACCAUGAAGUCAAAAGAGAAUGAAACGGUCAGGUAUUCAACAGUGCCGCCAAAGCAUCCUGUGUCAUCUUCUACCUUGGCUUCUCUUUCUCCACCAUCCUCCUACCAAGAGCAGGACAGCAGGCCGCUCAAGAAACGUAAAGCUCGAAGGCCCAGCUGGACAAAGCUGGUGCACCGGACUCAGAGGGUGGAAAAUCAGGAAGCAGAUUCUCAACAGAGUUUCUCUCAAAAGUUGUCUGUUCACUCAACUCCCUCUUGCUCCCCGUCCUCCUCCACAACCAAACCAUCAUCUCCGAAACAGAACCCCACAAUACCAGAUAUGAAACCAUCUGCCUCCACAAGCCCUUCCACUCCAGGCCGAAAAAGGGGCCGCCCCAAAUCCCAUACCAUAAUCUUUAAUGAACCUCCUCUAAGACUUUCCCCUGAGGAGGUUGCCUUUCUGGAGUGUGACGACGUACAGAAAAACCCGGUGCCGGACUCAAGCCCGAAGAAGCGCGGCCGUCCUCGCAAACAACCAUUGAAUCAAACGGACAUCAUUGAUAAGAACAGGUAUCCUCCUCCUUCUGAAAAGGGAAACAGGAAGCUAAAAAUCAGGAGGCUGAUUAAUGAGAUGAAGAAAAGGAAGAAGAAAAGACUUCACAAGGUAAUGACGUUUGGCACUGUAGGAAAGGAGAGCAAGAGGGUUAAUGGUGUCAAGAGUUCUCAGAGAACAUUCAAGUCCAUUGAACCUGCGACAGUGCCCACGCUUUCCGACUUGUCGUCCUCCUUUGGGACCAAGCUGGGCCCUCAGAUCAAUGUGAGCAAGAGAGGAACCAUUUACAUGGGCAAGAGGAGAGGACGCAAGCCCAAAUCCCAAACAGCUCGUCUGAAUUCCCACAGCUACACUCAGACGUCUUUGUUUGGCCAACCCACUGAGGCAUCUCUCUUCAUGUCCAACCAGCUCCAACCUCCUGCAGCCCACCCAUUUCCCUCCCCAUCGCUCACACACUCCAGUGGGGCCCAGAGCCCUUACAGUGAAGGAAGUGUUACAGAACCAACAUCAACGCUGCUUUUUCCUCCUCCGUUCUCCCUCCCGUCCCCGUCGUCCUCCUGCACUUCACCCCGUCCCCCGUCCUGCUCCUCCCUCUCCCCCUUUGUGAAGAAAAGUUGUCCAUGCCAGGGCAGGCACCACUUUCCCUUUCACCAGUCAUCGUGUAAGCUCUCCUCUCCCAGUGCACCACUUCUUCCCACCCCUGCCUCACCUGGCCAGCAGAAAGACGCCACCCCCUCACCCAGGAGUGAAUCGCACAGUGAAGAGACGUUGCCCAGUGAUAGCGGGAUUGGAACGGAUAACAACAGUGUCUGCGAGCGAGUGGAAAUGAGGGGUGCUAGAGGAAUGCUCAGGUUGGGUCAAGGUUCUGGGGGGAUUCUCGGGGGUCCAAAACGCUCCUCUCUUGCGGAUCCUCUUCUCACCAGGUACAAGAAUCCGAUGAGCGACUCAACUUCCGUAGAGCGGCACCGACAUAGGCACAGGCGGCGGGAUUACAGUUGCCCCUCUUCCUGCAGUUGCCUGUGUCCCUGCCCUGGACACAACAAGUGCACUCAUUCAGAUUACUUCCCUUGUGUUGGUCACAACAUACUGAAGAGACAGAAAAACAAACAUAAAAAGAAACACCAGCAACUGCUCAUGCAGGAUCCAGAGUUUCUGUCUGAACUGGAAGAGCUCAUCUGUCAAUUCAGUGAAGUUCACAUCGGUCGCCGAGGCUGGGCCAGGUCGGAGCCGGGCCAGGGCUUUGACGGGGGCAGGCGCCAUCACUCCUCGCAUUCUCACCGCGCCAAUAUCUUCAGAAUCAAUCUGAAUGGCUUCUAUUCACCUCACCCGCCGUCUUACGCUGCUAAUCCCUCCUACUCGCCUCAGCCUCUCUACCCCUGCCAGACGAUGCAUUGUAACAGAAAGCCGGAACGUAGGCAGUGUGGCUGUCCAUCAAAGUUCCAGGAGACCAUUGACAACGUGGGCUUCUACAGCAGCUACCCGCCGGCCACAACGCUUUACCACCACCUUCCUGGCUCAUACCCACUUCCCUCUCCUCACCAGUAUGCCUCGCAACAGCCCCACCAUACCCAUAUUCUUCUAAACCCUGCCAGAUUUCACAGGCGGAGGAGCAGGCUGUUGAGGGAGGGCUCUAUGGGAGGGGAGAUUGAAGGGAAUGGAGGAAACCUCAACUUAGGGUACGCGUCAAGCUUCUCGUGCGACUGUGGUCACAAACAUAAACACAGACAAAGGCUCUGUGAACGCAACGUUGAAGACGAGGCAACGUUACGUGAGCACGACAAGCAGGGGGAAGUGGUGGGGAGAGAUGCUUUCUCCACUUCAAAGUCUCGGUUCAUUUUGGGGCAAGGAGGAGGGCAGAAGGGCAAAAAAGGAAUGGGGGGCGGGCUGACCAAAGAGUCACCUUGGUUACGCGAGAAUCCCAAGAAUUCAUUCUCUGCUACCACAUCAUCAUCUUUAGCAGAGAGAUCAAAACACGCAUCGCUCUUCUCCGUGGGGCUGGGCUCCUCUCACCUGUCUUCGUUCGGAGGGGGCUGGGGCGGCCUGGGCCAGAAUUGGACCAAAUUGCAGGGUGUUGGGUUCCCAAACAGCAGAUGGGGAUCCUCUGCUGGAUGCACAGGCCCGAUGGUUCCCUCUGACCCGGAGGAUGACGACAGCGAAGACAUUCACCUCCCCCACCCAAGCAGAACGCCUCCGUCGCCGACGCACGUCAACCUGUUCACGUCGGUUGGCGUGGCAACAGGUGGUCAUGGGUUGAAGAGCGGGUCGGCCAGUCGGAAUCCUGCAAGUGGGGAGAGGUCAUGGAGGAUGGACGAACCAGCUUGGACAGAGAGGAGAGAAGCAGCUUUACAAGGUGACCCAAGAAACCGCGGGCAGCUCAAAGGUGUGACAAAGACACACGGCACCGAUGGGCAAAACAAAAGGGGACCCGGUCGACCCAGGAAACGCCCUCUGCCCUCCACUUUGCCUUCCUCUGUGUCAUCGCCCGACCUUCUGCGAGGGCGCAGCAGUAAUAAUGUAGGCUGGAGAGUUGGGUUGGACCAAGAUGUGCCGGGUGUCGACUCGGUGCCGCUGGCCAAGAGGAAGCGAGGACGGAAGAGAAAACAUGACUCCUCUCCCUGCCAUCAGAGCGUCGCCGAAGACGAGCCGGUGCGCUGCGACACGCCCGCCGAAGGUUUCGGCCAUUUGGCCACCGAGCAGCCCCCGUCCCAACCGGCCAGCGUCCCAAGAGACAGGAGUGAAGACGGUCCUGCCAGGAAGACGUUUUUGAGGGCCGGUCUUUACUCUGAUGAUUACAAAACGAUAGAUACCCCCUCCCAGCCUCAGCUCUUCUCCAGAGCGAGCUCAGAGUACCAACCAGGUGAGCGGGAAUACAGCCUUUUACCAGCACCCAUCCAUGUUGGAAAGUACUUGAGGAUGAAGAGAAUACAUUUCCAGCUACCCUAUGAUGUCAUGUGGCUUUGGCAACACAACCAGCUUCAGAGGCAACCUGCCUUCCCUCUGAAGAGGAAGCGGCGCUACUGCCGACUGAAGGAAAGGACGUUUCCCUCUCACCACGCAUCGGAGGAGAGCUCGAGUGACUUGGCCAGCCUCUUUCCUCACCUCGACAUGGACCCUUUGAGCAACAGUGAGCGGAGCUUCGUGGUGACACGUCGCGUGUUCCUGGUGAGGAACUGGGAACUGGUGAGGGAGCGACAGAUCCGACUGAGGAUGGAGGGGAGGCGAGAGGGGGACAGCGAGGCGGAGGAGAGGGACUGGCGUGUCGUGUGCGGGGACGGAGCCAGUGGGGACGAUAGCCACAUCAAGUCAGAUAUACCAGUAGGGGUGGUGGAAGUGACGAUUUCCAGCAGUGACCCACACCCGGGUGGUCACGACUCCCCCGACUCGCUCACCGCCAGCCCCCACCCCACUGAGAGCCAGAACAGAGAAGAAGAAGAAGAAGAUGAUGAUGAUGAGGAGGAGGAGGGCGAGGGCGAGGAAGGCAAAGUGGAAGACUGCAGCAGAGAGCAGAGGAGAAAGCGGCUGAAUGAUUUACUUUCGACCCUGCAGCAUUCAUAAGCUAACAAAAACGCAUAAAGGCAAGAGCACUCGAGACAAAAAAGGGACCAGGCUGGCCGCAGGACACCUGCAGGUGCUGCUUUCCAAUCGGAAAACAACAACAACAACAAACACACGUAGGAGAGGAGCGGGGAGGAGAAUUUCAAACCGCGAGAAAGACAUCACGGCGUGCUCUGACAGCCACUGAACCGAGCGCGCUGAAGGGCAUCACACCAAGGAUGAAACCAUGGCAACACAUCUUUUGUCCGGGAUGAAAGAGAGGGGAAAAAAAAACAGAGCGAGAUUGCGAGAGAGGAUCAACAGAAACAGACCAGCUGAAAUUAAUUUGCACUAGUGCCCGUGCACAGUAAAGACACUAAAGUGUGUGUGCCCCCCCACACAAACCCAAAAUUGCUCCUCCUUGGGCACCUUAAAGCAAAGUGGAGAGGGAACACAGACCCUUGGUGGUUUUUGGACUUCGGGCAGGGAGUGCUAAGCUUUCAGAAAAGAGAGGAAGCGCGCCAGCUUAAAAGCACUUGUUUUGGCUUUUCUUCACAUUACAAACCAGUUAAUGAAGAAAACAAAAGGGGGGGCCGUGGAAUUUUGGAAUUGAGGAAUUUUGGCACUGCUGCAAAAGAAUUUCUAAUAAGGUUUUAAGAAAGAUGCUAUUUUUUGUGUGCUAAAGAUAUCUAUAAACACGAGGAAUGUUUAUUGUGAACUAUUUUCUUCAAGUAUGGCUUCCUGGGAGGAAAGGGGGGGGGGGUCAAAUGUGUCUUCUUUGCAUAGUUCAGACGGCCUUUGAGAAUGUUUUCUUGACAAUCAGAAUGUCCCAGGGUGUUUUAAACAACAACAACGAAAAGAAAAUGAUGGCAAACAUGAAAUGCUAAGUAGAAGUGCCAUGCUGUCUUGUGUCCAAGCAAUAUUUCUCCUAAAAAGCACUAUAUCACGUUUAGUUAGUAAGUUUUUUGUACAGAUUGUUCAUAGAUUGUUCUCACUUUAGGGGCAUUUGCUCAGUAUGUACAAUAAAUAACAUUUAGUUUUAUGUACAUAAUACUAUAUGACUUACACAAGAAUUAUUCAUCCAUUUUUUUUUACAGCUGACCAAUACAUUAGACUAUGAUUGUAAACCUUUUUUAUUUGUAAUGUUUUUGUUUUUUUAGAUAAGCAUGUUUUUUUAUUGGUCAGUGUGUUUUUUUAAGUUCUUGUGGCUUAAAAAAAAAAGCCAAGAAAGUGCAAUUUCUUUGACUGUUUACAUACCCUACAUGUAUUCCCCCCCUUUCCUUUUUUAAAGUGCGUCGCUGCAAGUGUAUUAUUAUAAAAUUUAUAGCAAAGGUACAUUUGAAGAGUUAUCUAGUUUGCAUGUGUUGUAACCUUUGCCUGUUGCCUCGAACGAUGUGCAUCUCAAACAAAAAAAAAACGUUAUAGAAAGUACGAUCAAAUUUGUAUUUUGUUUUUGCUUAUAUAUCUAAUAAUAAAAAGCAUUUUACGUC